GCCAACUGGACUUGUGGGUGGGCCAAUACACCCAAAAACCAGAGACGAUGAUACCUGCACCCGCGAAAUUGGUCGGCGAUGAUCCGUUGCGUCAGUCCAGUUCUUCACACAUUACCGAACCACAAUUGCCGCAUCGCAGCGCAGGGAUGGGAGGAGGACAGAGUAGAAGAAGCCAAAGUAAGGAACAUUCUGAUGCGGGCGGCGUCAUCUGCCGGCCGGCCGCUGAUCGAUUGGCCCGAAGAAUCACAAAGCUUUGCUGUUUCGAAGGAUUGUGAUUUUAAUGGCGACAGGGAGUUGCUAGCUGUUGCUGUCGACGCUCGUCCGAAUAAAAUUUCCCUUUCCUGUAGUUGUCGUGGCUUUUUGAAAUUAUGCCGAAACCGAACACUGAAGUUCCGAUGGUUGUUGCCAGCGGCGAGUUCAACUUAUCCAUCUAUUUCAGUGGGGCCCGUUCAUGGCAAAGUGAAGCUUUCUUUCUUUUCUCACCUACUUCCACCAUAAACUGCCCUCCCCUUUUGCUGCCGAUUCUUAUAUCAUAUCCCCCAGCUUCACUGGUUUUCUCACUCGAACAAUUUCCUGGUUUUCUGCUAAGCCAGAGAAGGAGCGCAGACUUAAUUCACUAAGCAGAGGUAGACCAAGAAGAAGAAGAAGGGGAGACAUCUGCAUUUCUCCUCUACUCUGCCGAGGUUUGCUAAAAAUUGUUGCUUUUGAUUGGCAAAGACAAUUAAUUGCGCCUUUGAUCUUAUUUGGGAAUUUAUGUCGUUUACUGAAUUUGUAUGCUUCCUGGUCUCUGAAGAAUGUGUGUCCCCGUUGCAUGUUAAUUUGUUCAUAGGAAGUACAGUUUUUGAAGUCAUCUAUUACCCACCAACAGCUCAGUUAGUUAAAAUUUGGUUUCAUCCGCUUUAAGCCAUUAGAACUUUAGAGUGCUUUAUUCCUAAAAUUCAAAACAUGAUCAUUCCUCAACCUUUUCCUUACUUACCAUUCAGUUUCCAGGUAUCCUCUAAUGGGCAGCGUGAUUUUCUGGCAUGAUUCUGCUAAGAAAUAGUGCAUGUAUGCUCAUCGGCUCAUUAGACUUGCUCGUGGUUUCUGACUUCUGAUAUGCUUUGCCUAUCUCAGUCUAAUGGGCAUGGGGUGUAUUGUUAUAUAAUACUUAUUCUUGUGCUAGGAUUCGAUUGUGGGCUCUGCUUUGUUGUUUGUUUCUCACAUAGAGAAUUAUGCAGUUCAAUUGAAAUAUUCCCUAUGCCCUGAACUUCUCUAUGUGAUCCUCCUCUUUGUAGAUGGUGGAUCAUUAUGGAGGUUACAACGUGGACGAAGCUCUCCUCUCCGUGGGGUUUGGAAAGUUCCAAAUCUUUGUCUGCCUUUAUGCUGGUAUGGGUUGGAUUUCAGAAGCAAUGGAGGUGAUGAUUCUCUCGUUUAUUGGUCCAUCGGUGAAGGCUCAGUGGGAUCUAAGUGCCAAUCAAGAGACCUUACUGUCUGUAGUGGUAUUUUCCGGCAUGUUACUUGGUGCAUACAUGUGGGGUGUGAUCUCGGACAGAUUGGGAAGGAGGAAUGGGUUUGUGGUCACAGCAUUCGUUACGUCUCUAGCUGGUUUUCUUAGUGCCUUUGCCUGGAACUAUGUUGUUUUGCUCAUUGCUCGUUGUUUGGUCGGUGUUGGCCUUGGAGGAGGGCCUGUACUCUUCGCCUGGUUCUUGGAGUUUAUACCUGCAACAAACAGAGGCAUGUGGAUGAUUAUUUUCUAUUCAUUUUGGACGGUUGGAACUAUUUUUGAGGUUGGCUUGGCAUGGAUCAUUAUGCCAAGAUUGGGUUGGAGGUGGCUGGUUGGUCUUUCUGCUCUCCCUUCAUUUGGUCUCCUUGUAUUUUACCCUCUGACACCCGAGUCCCCAAGGUACCUCUGCCUUAAAGGUAGAAAAGAUGAUGCUCUUAGGGUUAUGGAAAAAAUAGCAAAAUUGAAUAAGAAGGAACUGCCUCCUGGUGUCCUUCUUAGCGAUCGUGAAAUUGAGCUACAAAGACAAGUCUCGAAGCCAGAGGCAUCUGCCACUGAUUCGCUUUCUUCUGCCCCUAGAUGGAAAGAUUCUGACUUGGGUGUCAUUGAGACUCUACGGAUGUUGCUUUCUCCAAGAUUGAUUCGCUCAACCAUACUCUUGUGGUUCAUAUUCUUUGGGAAUGCAUUUUCUUACUAUGGCCUCGUUUUGCUCACUACUGAGUUAAACCGUAAAUCUCAUUGCAAUUCGAACGGAACACAAUCCAACAACAAGUCGGAUGCUGGCGUUGAUUAUAAAAAUGUUUUCAUUACUACUUUAGCAGAAUGUCCGGGCCUCUUAAUAUCAGCUCUCCUCGUUGAUAGGAUUGGCCGCAAAAUUUCUAUGGCGACUCUGUUCUUCAUUUGUGUCGUGUUUGUUCUGCCACUGGUCGUCCAUCGAUCUCCACUUGUGACCACCAUUCUUUUAUUUGGGGCAAGAAUCUGCAUCACGGGAACUUUUUCAGUUGCCUCUCUAAUGGCUCCAGAGCUGUACCCAACAUCAGUCAGAUCAACCGGUUACGGAAUUGCAAACUGCAUGGGCAGAAUUGGUGGGAUGGUAUGUCCAUUUGCGGCUGUGAAGCUGAUGGAAUCAUGUCAUCAACGCGAGGCGCUACUGUUGUUCGUAGGUGUGAUUCUUGUUGGGCUGUUUUCAGUCCUGUUGAUUCCUUAUGAUACCAAGGGCCGCGAAUUGACAGAGAGCAUAGCGAGUACAAAAAACGAGAAGCAUCGCCAAGCGGUCUGAAACUAGGCACGACUGUAUCAUUUCUCUUCUGCUGCCUUAUGGUUGGUUUCUUCUGGUUUGGCUUUUAUAAAUUCUGACCAGAUGUCUUGUUUGAUUCUUGUUGAACCCUGGUCGUUUAAUUCUGGUGACUCUAUUUCUGUUGUUCUUUCAGUUGAGAUAUCGAAUGGUAAAGACGGUGGCAUGGGACCAGUAAGUGAAGCAUGGUCCAGGGUAAUGGCUGAGACACAGUAUUUUGCUUGUCAAUGUCCUAUAGUACUGAUCUAGAACUUUACAGUGUUGUAUAGGUGGUCUCUGAGAGUGACAUUACAAGUUUGGUUUAACGAAUAUUUUGCGCGUGUUUGUAUGCAUAUAGGGAUGGCAAUGGGGCGGAUUUGUCUAAACCAUCCCCAUCCCCAUCUUCAAAUACCCAAACCCAUACCCGCCCCAUACCCAUGCGGGGGAUUGUUUUGCAAACCCAUCCCCAUACCCGUGGGUUUCGGGUACCCAUGGGUAAUACCCGUACCCAUACAUCCAACAUUAUUAUACCUAAAAUUUACAAGAAAAGUUUUAAUUAUUA